UCUUUUAUUUGUUACUCCAGGGUGGGCAGCAGGAUACAGGUCCUUCAUAAUGGUACUCUUACUGUUAACACUGUGAGUGACAAAGAUGCCGGAGAUUAUCUCUGUGUGGCCCGAAACAAGAUUGGUGAUGCUCUACAACUCAUGAAAGUCAGUGUAUCAAUGAAGCCAGCCAAGAUAGAGACUAAGGUAUACAGCAAGAAGCAGGUACCCUAUGGAAAGGACUUAAAAGUAGACUGUAAAGCCUCAGGGGCACCAAAGCCAGAUAUCUCCUGGGGUCUACCAGAUGGUACAAUGGUCAACAGUGCUUUGCAGUCUGAUGCCAGCAGUAGAGGAGGACGAGAACGUCGCUACACUCUGUUUGACAAUGGAACUCUUUAUCUAAACCAGGUUGGAAUGUCAGAGGAAGGCGAUUAUACCUGCUUUGCUGAGAACCAGGUUGGCAAAGAUGAGAUGCAUGUACAUAUCACUGUAGUUACAGCAUCCCCUAGGAUGCGUCCAUCCAGCCAGACCUAUGCUAGAGUGAAGCCCGGAGGAAGCAUCCUCUUUGACUGUGAGGCAGUUGGAGAGCCUAAACCUAAGAUAUUGUGGAUACUUCCCAAUAACGAUGUAAUAGCAGCAUCACAUGAACGCUACUUAAUGCAUGUCAAUGGUUCUCUGGAUAUUAGGGAUGUCAAGGUAAUUGAUGCAGGGGAGUAUGUUUGCAUGGCUCGCAACCCUGGCGGAGAAACCAGAAAAGUUUACAAGCUUGAGAUAGGUGGGAAUCCACCAGUGAUCAAUGGCUACCAUCAGAACAGAACAGUCAUUAAAGAAAUAGUGUCUACAUAUUCCAGGAAACUUAUAGAUUGUAUGGCUGAGGGGACUCCCAGACCUACUAUCACUUGGAUUAUGCCUGAUAACAUCUUUCUAACAGCACCCUACUUUGGAAGUAGGAUUAAAGUCCACCAGAAUGGGACACUUGAGAUACGUAAUGUCCGCCCUUCUGAUACAGCAGAGUUUAUUUGCUUAGCUAGAAAUGAUGGAGGAGAGGCAGUAAUGGUGGUGCAGUUGACGGUUACAAGUAUGCUCCGAAGGCCAAUCUUCAAUAAUCCCUUCAAUGAACGCAUUGUGUCUGGGAAUGGGAAAACCACAGUUCUGAAUUGUUCUGCUGAUGGGCAGCCAAUGCCAGAGAUAUCAUGGACUUUGCCUAAUGGAACACGGUUUAUUGGUGGAACCAAUCAUGGUUCUCGCCACCAAAUAAACAAUGAUGGGACUUUGGUCAUCCGCAGUACUCACAAAGAAGAUGCUGGGAAAUACCGCUGUGGUGCCAAGAAUCUCAUGGGCUACAUAGAGAAGCUAAUAAUUUUGGAGAUUGGGCAGAAGCCUUAUAUCCUGACAAGGCCCAGGGGUAUCAUACGCAGCAUAUCAGGGGAGCCCCUCUUCAUUCACUGCCUAUCUGAUGGGAGUCCCAGACCAAGAAUCUACUGGACCGUUCCUGGUGGUCACACUCUUACUCGGCCUCAAGUCCUCGGACGCUACCAGUUGCUAGAAAAUGGUACUCUUAUAAUUCAGGACACUACACUCCAUGACCGCGGAAACUACAUAUGCAGAGCUCGAAACGAUGCUGGUGAGGCUGUACUUACUGUCCCUGUUAUUGUCAUUGCCUACCCUCCACGGAUCACAAUGGGGCCCCCCUCCAAUGUGAGGGCAGAGACUGGGAGACCUAUUCAGCUCAACUGUGCUGCUACUGGGAUCCCCAAGCCAGAGAUCACAUGGGAGCUUCCAGAUCAUUCAGUUCUAUCAGCAGCAGAAAAGGGGCGGCCUAUGGGUAGUGAACUGCUCCACCCUCAGGGUACACUAAUCAUCCAGAGGCCCACACCCUCAGACUCUGGAACAUACAAAUGCCUUGCGAAAAACCACUUAGGUACAGAUUCAAAGGUCACAUAUGUACUUGUGCUGUGAUUAAAAAUAAUAGCUGAAGGUUGACAGUAUAUGCUAAUGUAAAUAUUAACAGACACAUAUUGUCUGCUCACUACACUACCUAUCAUCUUGUGGAUUAGUGAAGAUGAAGGCAUGUGUAAUACAGAAGCUGAUUAUGUGAGUAAUUAA